AUGGAAAUUAGUCUUUUUCCUAAUUCACGUCCAACCAAACUUCCCGAUGAUGUAAAACGAAUUAAGGUCAAUAUUAUUAGUGAUGAAAAAACAUCAUCCUACAUUAUGGAUGAUUUAGAUAAAGAUAAAACAUUAGGGGAAAUACGAAAAAUUUUGUCAUCAACUGAAGAUGUCUUAAUGGGUUGGCAGAAUGCAGUUUUUCGUAACAAGUUAAAGAGAAAAAUUCCUCUUAGUCAAGAGGAUAAAUACAAAUUGGAAGAUAUUUUAGUAUCAGAGGAAGAUAAUUAUACUCUAACUAUAGAGUUAAACCAAUUACCAAGCUUCCCAAAUAUUAAACGAAAACAUAAUAUAGAAAUAGGCUAUAAGAAGCAUAAUAAUGGUUCUCUAAUUGAAGCAAACCGAUAUGCAUUUUUUAUAAAAAAUUCGCAUCUGAUGAGUAUCACUCUUAAUAGUAAUUUUCAAUCUAUUUGUAAAAAAACAUCCAAGAACUUCGAUGAAUUAUGGAUUAAAAGUUUUGAAGAAGGUUAUGAUUUUUUGGAUGAUGAAAAUGAGGAAUUAGCAUUAAAUGAAUGCACAAUUAAGUAUUGCGAAAAGGGUUCAAUUAUAUUAUCACGUAAAGAUUUAGAGGCGACAAGAGAAUAUAUUAAAGUUAUUGAAGAUGCAUUGGACGAUAAUCUAACUGACAUACAAAAAGUAGAAGCUUUAGUUAAAGCUGGAGAAAUCUACGGGUUCUUCUGGUUGCAAGAAAUUAAACUUGGUGGAAAAUUCAUGCAAGUGGUCAAUGAAAACGGAGAAACACGAAAUAAAACUGUUGGAGGUGAUCAUGCAAAACAUCAAAGCACAUCCGAUUGGCUUAAGAGCCUGGAAUCUUAUAAUGAAUGGGAAAUUAUUGGUUAUGGACUUAAAUUAUCGCUUUAUUCAUUGCUACCUGAAGAUUUACAAUUGAAAAUAAAACAUUUAAAUGGAAUAAAAGUACUCUAUUCUAAUGUCUAUAAUGUUAGAAUGAUAAGAGGUUAUAAUUUAAGUUUGCCUGUUGUCGAACCAAUUCCAGUGCCACCACAUAUUUCAACUCUAGGAGACUGUAAAAUAUUCGCUACAAUUUUUAACAGGGAAGACAGAAAGCCAUAUAAAAAUGUCUUUUCAAUUCGCAUUGAUUACCUAAAUGAAGAGACUCCAUUUUUUGUAAUUCACCGUAUUGGGAAAAUCCCUCACAAUCUCCCACAAAUAGAUCUCUUAAUACCCUGGAUGAUUGUCGGAUAUGAGAAUAAUCUUCCAUUAAAACCAUUUUUAGAUAAAUCACUUAUAAGUUAUCUUAUAACUAAAAAUCCAAUUGAAAAGGCAGAUGAUACAACCAUUGUACUUGAACGAUCUAUUCCACAUAACCAUUGCUGGAUAACUACUAUUACUUUAAAUUGCAGGAAAAACGAUCAAUAUCAAUUUGCCCGAUCAAGAGCUCUGAUCAACUGUCACCUUCAAUCUAAUGAUAGAAUGGUGAUAAAUUUGUGUUAUAAUGUACAUAAUAAUGAGAAUAAUGACGAUAAUCCAUUAAAAUUCGGAAUUAAUUGCACUAUGUUUAGUGAAACUGAUACUGGUGGAUUAAUUCCUGUUAUUGUUGAAGGACCAACUAAGCAACCUUGGAGAAAUAGAAGAAAUAGAAGAUUUUUAGUUAAUGAUCGUAGUCUGUUUACUGGUAAAUGGAUAGUUGCUAAUAAUAAUUUUCGGUUACCUGAAGAAGAUAACCUCGUUUUUUCAAGUCUUUUAAGUCCAGAUGAUCCCGGACAAGGAUGUAAUAAUUUAUUCUUAAACGUUAAUCCAAAAUAUCCGAUAAUCAAGUCUUUAAACAAUAUAAAUUCUAAUCCAAAUUGUUUGAUCUCUUUCAUUAUAUUGAGAGAACCAAUGUAA